GGGUGUACGGCUAGCUUCAGUUUUUGAACAAGUCUAAUAACGCGGUUGUUGUGUUGAAGGGUGUUUCGUUGCUGGGUAAAGUUGGUGAUACCGGUAUUGUGUUCAAUUCUAAGUAAUACUGGCCAAAUGGUAGAGACUGGGCGACUGAAACCGGGGCUAUAGCUGAGUUUGGACCGCCAGCAGAGUGCACGUCGAAGCUUAGAGCGAUAUUGUGGACGGGACUGAUCCUAACCUAAAUAGUUUCCACAGAUGCAGUGAAGUUCAGACCAGUAUGUUGUCCACCUAGAGCUCCGGUCGUGGAUGAGACAAGUGCACGGCGGUUGUGAGACACCCGUGUCGUGAUUUCGGGUCCGAACUGUGGAUGUAACCUUAAAGUGUAAUGUGUGUAAGUGGGUUGCACUGAGUUUCACUUCCUAUGGGAAAUGGACACUAUAUAGGUCCCAUGCCUUGAAGUUCCUGGAGAGCUGGUGCCGCUAUGAAGCGGCCGCUUUUUACAUUAUUUGUGGCUGUGGCCGCUGCCACAGCAUUGACAGCAGCCGCCUCAUCGAGCAACGACAUUAUCAAAACUUUCACCGAUCCAAAUGUACAAGCAUUCAACCAUCUUGUGGUGGAUAAAAAUACAGGGCGUGUAUAUAUCGGCGCUGUGAACCGUUUAUAUCAAUUAUCACCCGAUCUAGACUUAGUAAUAUCAGAAAAAACGGGACCAGAGAUGGAUUCAGAUGACUGUUCGGUGCUCGAAUGUACAUCUGCUUUUAGUAAAAAAUUAACCGAUAACGUAAACAAGGCCCUCGUGAUCGACUACACGACGUCGCGGCUCAUCUCCUGCGGCAGCCUGUUCCAGGGGAUUUGCUCGGUUCGGAACCUGGACAACAUCGCCGAAGGGGUGCGGGUGGUCCGCGAGGCCGUCGUGGCGAACAACGCGACGGCGUCAACGGUCGCGUUCAUCGCCCCAGGGCCGCCCAACCCCCCGGUCUCGCAAGUGAUGUACGUGGGGGUGACGUUCACGUUGGGGUCGCCUUACCGGUCCGAGGUGCCCGCCGUCAGCAGCCGGUCGCUGGACAAGGACAAAAUGUUCACGAUCGCGCAAACGGCGGUCACCACUGGCACGCGAAUGUUCGUCAAUUCGCUCGCUCGCGAACGAUAUCCGAUAACGUACGUCUACGGAUUCGCCUCGGAAGGGUUCAGCUACUUUCUGACCACUCAGAUGAGGCACACCGGCUCGAACCAGUUCAUAAGCAAGCUAGUGCGCGUUUGCCACGACGAUGAGAACUACUACUCCUACACGGAGAUUCCCAUCGACUGCAUCAGCGACUCGCAAGGCGGCCGCAAGUACAACCUGGUGCAGGCCGCCUACGUGGGCAAGGCGGGCUCAGACCUGGCCUCGGAUUUGGGGAUUACGGCCCAGGACGACGUCCUCUUCGGGGUGUUCAGUGAAGGAGACCCGCCGAGUUCCAACAAACCCUCCGAUUUGUCGGCUCUCUGCGUCUAUCCGCUGAAAGCCAUCAGGAGGAAGUUUAUGCAGAACAUCAAGCACUGCUUCAGUGGCAAAGGCCAACGGGGCCUGGAUUUCAUCUCGCCAAGUCUUCAGUGUGUCUCCACGAAAUUGCAAACCAUCGGAGAGGACUUCUGUGGGUUAGAUGUGAACACGCCUUUGGGAGGAGAGCAACCCAUCUCUGCUGUUCCAGUGCUACUUUUCACCACGAGGCUGACGGCAGUCGCUGCCACCUCCACAGGUGAUUUUACCGUCGUCUUCAUAGGCACCGCCACGGGACAUCUCAAAAAGGUGGUGGUGGAGUCGCGCUCCUCCGCGCUGGAAUAUGGCGACUUGACGGUGGAGGAGGGCUCACCUGUAAACCCCGAUUUGUAUUUCGACUCGCAGCUGAUGCAUUUGUACGUGAUGACGGAGAAAAAGGUGUCGAAAGUAAAAGUGCAGGAAUGCAGCGUGUACAGAAGUUGCUUGGAAUGCCUCGGUGCGAAAGAUCCAUACUGUGGGUGGUGUUCGUUGGAAAACAAGUGUAGCCUCCGCUCCGACUGUCAAGACGCUGCCAAAGAUCCUUUAUAUUGGAUUAGCUAUAAGAGCGGAAGGUGUACAACAAUAACUUCCGUUAUACCGAAUCAACUCCAAAGAACCACCGCUCGAACGCUGGACCUCAUCAUUGACAAUUUACCGAGUCUAAGCGGCCAUUUCUUAUGUGCGUUCACUGUUCUUGAUAAACCAUUAAUAACAAACGCUACGAGGAAGGGAUCCGGAGUUAAUUGCACCACACCAAGGACCGAUCUCCUCCCGUCAAUUCCUCCCGGCCAACAUCACUUUACUGCCAAACUAUCAGUCCGAAUGACAUCCGGACCGGAUUUUGUCGCAACAAAUUUCACAUUCUUCGAUUGCAACACGUAUAGUUCCUGUACGCAAUGCGUAUCUUCCUCCUUUCCCUGCGACUGGUGCGUCGACGGACACAGAUGCACCCACGAUACGGCGGAAAAUUGCCGGAACGACAUCCUCGUAACAGGUGUUAGCCGUGCCGGCCCAAGCUACCGGUCCGGGCCGGCGUUUUGUCCCACGAUCAACGCAACGGUGGGUAAUUCCCCGGAAAUCCUCGUGGCUUCAGGAAUAAAAAAAGCAAUCAAAGUCAAAGUGCAUAUCAUCGGUCAAUUCAUAGUCCAAACGCGUUUUGUUUGCCAAUUUAACAUCGAGGGGCGCGUCACUAGUGUGAACGCACAAUUGCUGGGCGAUACGAUUUAUUGCGACCCGAUGGAGUUUUCGUACACCUCGCGCGCCCCCAACAUCACGGCCACCUUCGCCGUGAUCUGGGGCGGCUCCAAGCCGCUCGACAACCCCGACAACAUCCACAUUGUUAUCUACCGAUGCCGCGACAUGGCCGAUAACUGCGGCAUGUGCCUGGCUUUGGCGAAAAAAUACGACUGCGGCUGGUGCCAGAGCUCCGAUCGGUGCGAAGUCAAGGAUCAGUGCGAGAGAGGCACCGCGGUGUGGCUCAACCGGAGCCAGACAUGCCCUAACCCGGAGGUGAUCUCCUUCAGCCCGGAGUUAGGGCCGUGGGAAGGCGGCACCAAUAUCACGAUCCAGGGGAUCAACCUCGGGAAAACCUUCCAGGAUAUUUACACCGGAGUCAUGAUCGCGGGAAUCAAUUGCCAGCCGUACGAACAUCUCUACAUCAAAACGAAGCAAAUCGUGUGCAAAGUCGACGGGCCCGGAAUUAAUGAAGCGCGACACGGACCCGUGCUGGUCCGGGUGGAGGACUACAGGGGCGAAUCCAAAACACAUUUUAAUUUCGUCGAUCCGGUCAUCACCGGAAUCGCGCCCAAGUACGGGCCCAGGUCCGGGGGGACCAUGCUCCAAAUCACCGGGAAGUACAUGAACGCCGGGAGCAAUAUCCAGGCGUUCCUCGACGACUUGCCUUGUCGGAUACUUUCGACCGACCAAAACCAAGCCCUGUGCAUUACCAGUGCGAGUGAUAAGACCGGUCCGAAAAAAUUGCGUAUGAAAUUCGAUAAAGGCGAUCGGUAUUUCGAGAAAGAAUAUUUCGAGUACGUGGAAGAUCCGAUUAUAGAAUCGGCGGAAUCGGGAGUUGCUAGUCAGAUUAAGGUUCCUAAAGGCAUACCAGCUGGAGGCAUUAAGAUUUCAGUUACCGGAAAAAAUCUCGCGUACAUACAAAAGCCACAAAUGUAUGUUUACUACGAGCAAAAAAUGUUCAUUAGCGAAUGUACGGUGCAGAGUAAUACUAGUAUGACAUGUAGUAGUCCAGUUAUAGAAGCAGACGAGUCAAAAUUAGACGCGGAUAAUCCCUUGAAAUUAGAGUAUGGAUUUAGGAUGGACAAUGUUUCCGGAGUGCAGAAUCUCACGCUGAAUAAAGAUUUCUCACCUUUCUUGCUGUUCCCAAAUCCCGUCUUUAUUCCCUUCGAUAAAGAAGUGAAAUACUACAAGUCGGAGUAUCUCAAUAUCAACGGCCAGAAUAUAGACCGUGCGUGUCAAGAGUCGGACGUUGAGGUCCGAAUUGGGAAUAGUUUCUGCAACGUAACUUCUCUCUCCCGACAACAGCUAACAUGUCGCCCACCCGAAACCCAACCUCCGGCCCUCAACAGCGAAGGCCAACCCAACGGUGAAGCCUUACCUGAGGUUACAGUGAUAGUGGGUGGAUCAUUACGUUUUAACAUCGGUCAUUUGUCAUACUCACCCGCUCAAGGUCUCAACGGUCCUAUUUCCAAACCCACGAUGAUUGUAGGCAUUGCAAUCGUCGUUGUCAUUCUCGUAAUAUUCAGCGGUUUCUUAAUCGCCUAUCGGCGAAAGUCAACCGAAAGUAACCGGGUUCUGAAAAAUAUGCAAGAACAGAUGGACAUCCUCGAAUUACGAGUGGCCGCCGAGUGUAAGGAGGCCUUCGCCGAACUGCAGACCGAAAUGACUGACCUGACCGGAGACCUGACUUCCGGCGGUAUUCCAUUUUUGGACUACCGGACUUACGCUAUGAAGAUCCUGUUCCCGAACGUGGACGACCACGCUGUCCUGCAGUGGGAACGGCCCGAGCUCAUCCGAAAAGAGAAGGGACUACGCUGUUUCGGCCAAUUAAUUAUGAACAAAACCUUCCUCCUGCUCUUCAUUCGUACGCUAGAAAGCAACCGAUAUUUCUCGAUGCGAGAUAAAGUGAACGUGGCGUCGCUCAUCAUGGUGACGCUCCAAAGCAAGAUGGAGUAUUGCACCGACAUCUUGAAGACGCUCCUUGCCGAACUGAUCGAGAAGUGCAUGGAGGGGAAAAGCCACCCGAAGUUGCUGCUAAGACGUACGGAAAGUGUCGCCGAGAAAAUGCUAAGUGCGUGGUUUACAUUCCUGUUGUACAAGUUCUUGCGUGAGUGUGCCGGGGAGCCGCUGUUCAUGUUGUUCCGAGCGGUGAAGCAGCAAGUGGAUAAGGGGCCCGUCGAUGCUAUCACUUCCGAAGCGAGAUACUCACUCAGCGAAGAGAAACUCAUCAGACAAUCAAUAGAUUUUAAGCCUAUGACUGUAUAUGUUUCCAUUUCUCAACAAACUGUGUUUAUUGGUGGUCUCGACCACAACACUGAGAAUGUCCCUGUAAAGGUUUUGGACUGUGAUACAAUAAGUCAAGUGAAGGAGAAAUCUCUCGAUACGAUUUAUAGAGCAACCCCAUACUCGCAAAGACCUAGAAAAGACGAUUUAGAUUUAGAGUGGCGUACGGGGACCUCCGGCCGUCUUAUUUUGUACGACGAAGACAGCACGAACAAAACCGAGGGCGAGUGGAAGCGGAGAAACACCCUCAACCACUACCGCGUGCCCGACGGCGGGUGCCUAAACCUAGUGUCAAAACAAAGUUCCAUUUAUAAUUUAAGUAUUUUCUCCGAGAAGAACGAGAAGUCCCACAAGUACGAAACCCUAAACCUAAGUAAAUUCAGCUCGGCGAGCCCGCCGCUGAGCCGCGCCACCAGCCCGCUGAACCACGACCAAGACCAAGGGUACAAGGUGUGGCAUCUGGUCAAGCACCACGACAACGACAACCAAAAGGAGGGCGAGAGAGGGAACAAGAUGGUCUCGGAGAUCUACCUGACGCGCCUUCUGGCGACGAAGGGGACGCUGCAAAAGUUCGUCGACGAUUUGUUCGAGACGAUAUUCAGCACGGCCCACCGAGGAUCGGCGCUACCACUUGCCAUCAAAUACAUGUUCGAUUUUCUCGACGAUCAGGCGCUGCAGCAUGGCAUUUCUGAUCCCGAGGUCGUGCACACUUGGAAGAGUAAUUCCUUGCCGCUCAGGUUUUGGGUCAAUAUUAUUAAAAAUCCUAAUUUUGUAUUCGACAUACACAAGUCAAAUAUCGUGGAUUCGUGUUUAUCUGUAGUUGCUCAAACUUUCAUGGACUCCUGCUCCACAUCCGAUCAUAGGUUAGGUAAAGACUCGCCAAGUUCCAAGUUACUGUAUGCCAAGGACAUUCCAUGUUACAAGGAGUGGGUAGAGAGGUAUUACUCCGAUAUCAAGAUGAUGUCGGCGAUUUCUGACCAAGAUAUGAACGCGAUGUUGGCGGAAGAGUCUAGGCUUCACACAACUGAAUUUAAUACGAAUUGUGCAUUACACGAGCUUUAUACGUACGCGAUGAAAUACAACGAGCAGCUGACUGUGACCCUUGAAGAGGACGAGUUCUCGCAGAAGCAGCGGUUGCAUUACAAAUUAGAACAGGUUCAUAAUAUAAUGUCCGAUCAGGGGCAACCGUGAUACUGGCCUGAUCUGAUGCGUCCGUCAGCGCCUCCGAUAUCUCCUGUGGUCCCCCUGCAGCCCUCAGCACCUCAGGAACUGGCCUGCUGAUAGACCGUUGCAGCCACUUAUACAUAUCCAUCAUGAAACUUUCUCUGUGUGUUGUUGGAUUGCUGUCAUGCAGUUAUAGUCGUUCUGUGUCGGGGUCGGUGCGCACUCAGUGACUUCAAGUGCCUCUGGUAGGAUUGAGUGGUGUACUGUCUCCAUAAAUAAGUGUAUAUUUUUAUGAUAACGUUAUUCUGUUUAUGCUUUGCUGUGCUGACACUCAGCAGUAGUCCAUAUAUCGAUAUUUGCGUGAAUAUCAACUAUGCUUUUUUGAUAACUGUAUGAUGAAUGUACCUUAUUAUCUCUGUACAGUUUAAUAUUUUUAUAUUUAGUUGAAUGCAAUCAAGACGAUUGUCUUCCGCAUUGAAGGAAGCAGCAGGGUGUAGUGUUUAUUUGCGACUUUUCAAUCAUCGAUGUCUCAACCUAUACAUACUGUGCACGGGUUGUGUCAGUGUGAUUUGUGUACGUGUAAUAAGGCUGUGUACGUUUACGUUAAAGCAGACAGCAGUACUGUGCCGCUAGUGACAGUGUUGCUGCGAUAAUUCGUUCACCUUCGUUCCUUCGUUCCACAUCAUUUGUUAUUGUAAAUUACAUCCAAAUGGAAAUGUUCAGGCUGUAAACUAUCAUUUACUAAACGUCUGUAAAUAAGUUCGGGGAUCCAAAACUUUGCAUUUUAAUAACGUUCUUUAUUACAUUAUCCUUUCAUUUGUUUACUCAUUAUCUCAUACGAAUUGUAACCGUCCUUUAAAUAAUUAUUGGGAAAAAGGAAAGCAAUGAAUCCUCAACUUAGCUAUGGACAGCUGCGCAUAUCACGUCCAGUGUAGCAGUGCGAUUUUUAUUAUUUAUAUCUAUUUUAUAUAUUUUUACUUUUUUAAAUUUUAACAUAAGUUUUACCAAACCAAUGCUUCUGGACAAUUUGCGUAGAAAAAUUUUGUAUAUACUAAGUGUGUGUGCACGAUGUAUUCAUAGUACUGUGUGUAUACUCGAUUGCAUUUGCAAUAAUAUGAAUGGUUAUGUAAUACUAUAUGUCAUUAUAAAAGACUGAAUGGAGUUAUUUCAAAUACUUAAAUAGUAAAAUAUCA